AUGUCACGCGUGUCACUGGACAGCCAGGGCUCGGUGGAGUAUCGGCCGCCGUUCUCGGGCAACAGCUCGCCCAUCGAGUCCGGAGCCAGGAGGAGCGGUGAAGCGACGCCCGAGGCCGAGCAGCAUGUUCGCGAGCAGUGCAUGAACCUGGCGCCGGACUUCGUACGGAGCAGCCUGCAGUUGGCACUGGAGUUGCACGAGGUGAUUCGGGAGUCCGCGGGAUCGCGCAACGUGCUCUUCUCUCCCUUCCUGCUGUCGAGUGCCCUGGUGGGGCUGUACAACGGCGCACGCGGCCGCACCGCCGACCAGAUCGCGCGUGCCGCGCACUUGGGAUACGAGGAGCCCCGUCUGGUGUCCACGUGCCUGCCCGCCUGGCACGCGAAGCUGUUCCCCACGUGGCCCGACAGCAACCGGCGCAACUUCGAGAUGCGCCACGACAACUGCCUCGUCUACGACAAGGGGCUCCGGCUCGCCGACGGAUACAAGCGGUGGCUGAGCCGCUGGUGCCGCGUGGAAGCCGAGGAUUUCGCCAAUGACCCGACAGACGGCGUCGUGUUCCCCACGCGCAUGACGGCCUGGAUCGGGGCGCUCACCUCGUUCUCCUGCAAGACACCAGAGGACGCCUCCUUCUGGACAGAGGUGGACCGCACGACGUCGCUGUUUCUGCUCAGCAUUCUCUUCAUCAAGGGAAAGUGGCGUCACGUGUUCCGCGUCACCCGUGGGUUCUUCCACGAAACGCCGAAAAAAUCCAAGGUGGUUCGCAUGAUGAGCCAGACAGGGCACUUCCGCACAGCCGAAAGCGCGGAGCUUGGCGCCAGCAUGUUGGAGAUUCCCUACCGCGAGCACAAGAAGACCAUGGUCAUCCUCGUUCCGGACCUGCCGAACACCCUGCGAGACCUAGAAGGAAAGCUGAAUGCGCCCCAAAUCCUCAGCUGCAUCGAAAGGCUUGAGGACAAUGGUCCGCUGAGCGUGAGCGUGCCCAUGUUCCGCGUGAGCGACGUGGUCGACCUGAAGGAGGCGCUGCCGGCGCUCGGGGUCAAAGACGCCUUCCGACCAGAUGCGGACUUUUCGACGCUGUGCGAUUCGGCGGCCGGCACCGUGUGUCUCGUUCGCCCGACACGUGGCCGUGUUCCAUGCGCGCGAACGUUCCAGCAGCCGGAUACCCAAGUACAAAGGAGCCCAGGCCGCACCGGAUAUGUCGACGCCGCCAGCAGCGGAUGACGAUGGCGAGCAGCAGGAGGAGCAGGACAAGUUCAUCGUGGACAGGCCUUUCCUGUUCCUCGUCAUGAACAGCGAGCCAAAGGCCGUCCUUCUAUUCGGCUCGGUCCGCAAGAUAUUCGCCUGGAAGUAGCCGACCUACGGUCAUCGAGCGCCUCCUAUCGCAGGAUCUCUAAAGUUCUGUCGGCCUCUGCACACUGAACUCGUUCUUAGUAUGUCUAUCUUCACUCGUUUGUCCUGAUUGCAUUAUCUCGAAAGAAGGCUACGCAUGAGGGAUUGUGCGCGUGCUACAAUUAUCGAAUCGCGCCUUACACCCCAAGGACGGCGUAUGUGAGCGAGUCGGGAGUACGCUGCGACAUGGAUCACAAACGUGCCGUGGUAACGACCCGCAGCCCAUUUAAUCAGAGGUUCAGCAAUUUGAUCCUGUUAGUAAACGCAUUACAGUGAACGGAAUUUAAGGGAACGCUGCGGAGGCGCAGACUUGCGCAGAUCCUGACGGCAACUAAACCACACAACAUCAUGGUGGAUUGAAC